GUUUUUCAUCUUUCCGACUGCUCGUGAAGACAGCGCACCUCCAUCAGCACCCUGUUGCAACCUCAACUUUCUUUUUGUUCCUUUCAAGGAACCGGGCUAAUCACCGCCGCCAGAGACGAAAGGAGAAGAAACACUUUUUAGUCCUGUUUAUUUUUUUAAACAUAAAACUACAAUGAAGUUGGCGCUUAUUCGCAGUGCUUGCAUGAGUCUCCGGGCACAUCAGGUCCGUCCGGGUAGCAGAUUCACCGGGUUUUCGCGAAGAUGCCUACCGAUAGGCAUUACCAGCAGUCGAUUGAGCCUCCGAGCGGCAAGCGCUACCUCCAGCACCGGCACCAACCCGAAGUUAACCGGUAACUUUGGGGUACAAUCUCAGAAGGGGGAUGAGUCUGAUUACGACAACCAUGUGAGGAAAGUGGUUCAGAGCACCAGGGAAGCAAUUGUGACUCUGCAGAAAAGAAACCCAGCAAUUCAACCCUUGUUAGCCAUUCUACAGGCAGGUGAAGACGAUAGCAUGCUGGAGAUCAAUAAGAAAAUGGCAGUAAAGAUUGGUUUGAACAUCACUCAGAUUUGUCUGGUAAAGGAGUGCAGUGAAGAUGAUAUUGUAGAGGAAUUGCUGAAGUUGAAUGAUGACCCCAAAGUGCAUGGUAUCUACCUUCACCUCCCCCCAGCUUCAAUCACCAGUCGGGUCCUCAACACCUUAAAACCCGAGAAGGACAUCGAAGGCAUAUCAGACUUGAAUAUGGGCCGUCUGAUACGAGGAGACCUGAGUAAAGGCUUUGUACCUCCUUUAGCUAGUGCUGUUUUGGAUCUGCUGGAGAACCAUGAUGCUCCUUUGGAAGGAAAAACUGUGUUGCUGGUUGGUGGAGAGGGUCCCCUUCAGCUGGCUGUGCAGUGCCUGAUUGAACGAAGUAGAAUGGUCACUCUGAAGAGUCACUGGAGCUCCAAAAGCCUGCAGGAACAGGUUAUGCAGGCUGAUGCUGUGGUCCUGCUAGAUGUUGGAAAUAUGUAUGUUCCACCCACCUGGAUUAGACCAGGGGCUGCUAUCAUUUACUGUAAGCCAGCUCUGGAGAAAGAUGAAAAUGCUUUUGGAUUGUCUUCAAAAUCUGGAUUAGAAAGCCUCACAGCAGCUUACAGAACACAGAAUGUUGUCCGGAGUUGCAGUCGGUGGCUCAAGGGUCAGGAAUACAGACCCUGGCAUCUGCGCAGCCUCAAACUGCAGCCCUUAACUCCUGUACCAAGUGAUUUAGAGAUAUCCAGAGCUCAGAUACCAAAACCAGUAGAUCAGCUGGCUGAAGAGAUUGGUUUGCUACCAGAAGAGCUAGAAGCCUAUGGGAGGAGCAAAGCUAAGGUUCGACUCUCUGUGUUGGAACGCCUCCAGUCACAGCCUAAUGGCAAAUAUAUUCUGGUUGCCGGUAUAACUCCCACCCCACUGGGCGAAGGUAAAAGCACAGUGACUGUUGGUCUGGUCCAGGCGUUGUCCGCCCAUCUUAAGCUCAACUCUUUUGCCUGUCUCCGUCAGCCAUCCCAGGGACCAACUUUUGGAGUUAAAGGGGGAGCUGCAGGAGGUGGGUAUGCCCAGGUCAUCCCUAUGGAGGAGUUCAACCUUCAUUUGACUGGUGACAUUCAUGCCAUCACAGCUGCCAAUAACCUGGUGGCAGCAGCCAUCGAUGCCAGGAUGCUCCACGAAGCGACGCAGUCAGACAAGGCCCUUUUCAAUAGAUUAGUCCCUUCUGUGAAUGGAGUCAGAAAAUUCUCACCCAUCCAGAUCUCCAGGCUGCAACGCCUUGGCAUCAGGAAAACAGAUCCUGCAUCACUCACACCUGAAGAAAUCAACGCGUUCGUACGUCUUGAUCUUGACCCCUCAAAAAUCACCUGGCAGAGAGUUGUUGAUACAAAUGACCGUUUUUUGAGGAAGAUCACCGUCGGACAGGCAAGCUCUGAGAAAGGACAGAUCAGAGAGACUGGAUUUGACAUUGCAGUGGCCAGUGAGAUCAUGGCCAUCCUGGCCUUGGCUGACAGCCUCGGGGACAUGAAGAACAGGCUGGCACGCAUGGUGGUGGGGACCAGCCGCUCUGAACAGCCUAUCACAGCAGAGGACCUCGGUGUGAGUGGGGCUCUGGCGGUGUUAAUGAAAGAUGCUAUCAAGCCCACGCUGAUGCAGACCCUUGAGUGACCGAGGCAGGUUUCGGAGCUGACAUUGGGAUGGAGAAAUUCUUCAACAUCAAAUGUCGAGCCUCAGGUUUGAGGCCCAGUGUGGUGGUGCUGGUCGCAACCGUUCGAGCGCUAAAGAUGCACGGCGGCGGCCCAAAUGUAUCUGCAGGUGCACCGCUUCCCCGAGAGUAUACCGAUGAGAACCUGAGCCUGGUUGCUGGCGGCUGCCGUAGCAAUCUCAGGAAGCAGAUCCAGAUUGCACAUCUGUUUGGGGUACCAGUCGUGGUUGCUGUUAAUGUCUUCAAGACAGACACCCAGGCAGAGAUCGACCUUGUAUGUCAGAUAGCGAAAGAGUGUGGCGCAUCCGACGCUUUGCCGUGCAACCACUGGGCGCAGGGUGGAAGAGGCUGCUCGGAGCUCGCCCAGGCUGUGAAGGAGGCUGCCAGCAAACCCAGCGACUACCAGUUUCUCUACAACACAGAGAUGUCGAUCGUGGAGAAGAUCAGAACAAUAGCCCAGAGAGUGUACGGGGCCGAUGACAUCGAGCUGUCUCCAGAGGCCAAGACCAAGACAGAUUAUUACCAUCAACAAGGUUAUGGUUCAUUGCCCAUCUGCAUGGCCAAGACCCAUCUGUCCCUGUCCCACAUGCCCGACAAGAAGGGGGCACCCACUGGAUUUGUUUUGCCAAUCAGAGAUGUCCGUGCCAGCAUCGGAGCUGGCUUCAUCUACCCAUUAGUGGGAACGAUGAGCACAAUGCCUGGCCUGCCCACACGACCCUGUUUCUACGACAUUGACCUUGACCCGGUCACGGAGGAGAUCACUGGGCUUUUCUGAGCAUGCUCCCCAACGUUAUUCUCGCUCCCUGCUCUGUUUUCAGGAGCAUGGGCUCCAUGCAUUCACCAUAAGGCUCAUCUAACCCUGAGCCACUGGCAGGAAACAAUUUCUUUCUCUUCCCAGCUGAUCCGCAUCAAAGCAACAUGGAAGAAGAGGGAGGAUUAGUGGACCAUUAGACUAGCAUUACGCUGCAUUUGCACGUGUGUCAUAUGCCAAAGACCAUGCCCUACAACCAUAUAUAUGUAUAUCAUACAUCCUCUACUUGUGUCAACUUUUUUCUGGGUAUAGAAGAGUCCAUUUUCUUGGAUUUUAUUUUGUUGUUUCCUUGGAUGUCUAACUUCUGUUUGUUUUUCUGGAAAGAAAAUCAAAUGUCUUAAUACAGUGUUGUUGUUUUGUACCUAAAUGCAGUGAGUGGGCAAACUUGUCAGUUAAGAUGCUGGUGUACGCACAAAACGCCCUCAUGUGACUUUGAGUUUCCUAAUCUGUUAAGUGGUGCUGAAUGUUAAAGGUGCUUUACAUAGACUGAGAAACACUACAAAUGUCAAUUAUGUUCAUAAUUUCUAAGCAGUUUUUUCUUCAAGUAUUAGUAAAUUAUUUUGUUUUGUGGUUUGACAAGAAUAUCUGUGCUUCUGUCAUGUUAUAUAUGUUGUUUGGAGGUAUUUCAGACAAUAGCGACCAACCAGAUUCUGGAGCUUCUUUAAGUGUUACCUUCAGAAAAGAUAAAGUCAGCUCAUUUUCACUUUUUUUCCAUAGAGUGUAAAACAAACAGAGCUAGUACUCUCUGAAAACAUCUGGUACAAUCCUGAAAGCUGCUGUAUGUCAAACAUUUCAUUUGUCAAAGAGCAAAAGUGCCUUAUAGCAGUAAUAAUAAACCUUUUCUUCACUCCAAAACUGUGUAUUUCUGUUUUUACGUCAAGCAUCAGACAUGAGCUCUUUUCUUGCUGUUGUCUCGCGAUUCUUUUUGAGAUGCCGCGAUACAAUCGUGCCUCCUUUCACAGAUGAAACCUUUAAGAUUUUCUGUGCUUUUUUUCAUUUCUUCGCAUGCGUUUUGGAACGGUGUCUGAAAACAGAUGAUCCCCCUCACCCCCCAGCAGCACCCCAGGGUGCAACAUCUGUCAUUAUGAGGUGUUUGGGUUUUCAGCAUGAAGCCAAGUGUGCAUGUGUGCACAUGUGUCAUAGCUGGCAUUCCACACUUUCAAAGUCUGCGUGUUAUUCUGCGUGUUCACCCGGCAGUAUCUGGCACUGGGAAUCUUAUACAGUAGCUCCCCAACAGCAGAUUUAGUGUGUGUGUGUGUGUG